AACUUCCCCUGUUGGCUGUGAGGUAUGCAACACUCGAGUAUUCACCAGAACACAGACAGAAAAAAAGCCACCCACAAGUCAUCGUGUUUGCCGUGUGCUGGCAGCUUUACUGAGCCCGGUCGUCCGUGUUGAGCCCGUGUUGUAAUGGCCGUGUGGGGCAGGAGCCCGUUACUGGUGGCGAUUCCUCUGUGGAUGAGUUUUGGGAGAGCUGCGGCUGGUCUUGCAGAGCCACAGAUCUGUUACGUGCUGGAUGGUAUCCUGUUUUUGUACGGCAUCAUCCUGACAGCUCUCUACUGUAGAAUGAAGAUCGUCAAUGCUAGGGCUGAUGCUCAGAACACAAAGGCCAAGAAGAAUGUUGAAGAGGGCAUCUAUACGGGUUUGACUCCUCACGCCCAGGACACAUACGAAACUAUCGGCAUGAAGAAGUGACACCAUGAGUGAAAGUCCAGAGGCAGAUGUUUUCCUUUCAAUACCUUUUUGUAUUUAAAUAUCGCCUAUCUGCUUCGAUUUUGAGAGAAUGUGAGACAGCAUACACCAGUGCUCAUUUCUCUUUUGCAUUUGUAGCUUUUAUGGGAAGUUAAGAAAGGUUGAAACAGAGAAGUUGAGCCUAAGAUUGCAAGCUCAGAAAUGCUUUUCCUCAUUUUUAUACAGUGUUAUUACCUAACCAUUGAACAUAUUUAAUUUUUAUGCAAAUAUAUUUCAAUAACUGUAAUGCUUCAGAAACAUUUUAUAUUGUAAUGCUUUUAAACAAAAAAAAAACGUUACAGAUGUUAUAUUUCAUGUGUAUAGACUGUCCUAUUAACUUCCUCAUUUAGGCCAUUUGAAAGACGUCAGUCUUUUUUUUUUUUUUAAUAAAGGAAUGGCAAAAAGCUCCAAAAGUAUUGUAACAGUUUUGUGCAAGAUUGUAGGUGUUUCCUACACCACAGGAUGGCAGUGAUGUUGUCUUGAGUGAGGUGCUUACCUGUGAAACAAAGAAACACCACAGACUGCUGUAAAGUUUUGUAUGUAAGUCACUGCCUGUCGGACGUAUAGAGCCGUCACACAAAACCUAUUAAAUGUUUGACUUGCUUAUUAAAUAA